AUGUCUUCGUCGAAGGAGGCGGACCCAACCCUGGGUUAUCUCACGCGGAAGGACACGGAGGUGAAGCUUCCGCGUCCAACCAGGGUCAAGAACAAAACCCCUGCUCCAAUCCAAAUCACCGCCGAGCAAAUUCUCCGGGAGGCUCGGGAGCGUCAAGAAGCGGAGAUCCGCCCUCCCAAGCAGAAAAUCACCGACUCCACGGAGCUCGGCGAGUACCGUCUCCGCAAGCGCAAGGAGUUCGAGGACCUUAUCCGCCGCGUUCGAUGGAACAUUGGCGUGUGGAUCAAGUACGCGCAGUGGGAGGAAUCGCAGAAGGAUUUCAAACGCGCGCGUUCCGUUUGGGAGAGAGCGCUGGAGGUGGAUUACAAGAACCACACCCUCUGGCUCAAGUACGCAGAGGUCGAGAUGAAGAAUAAGUUCGUAAACCACGCACGCAACGUGUGGGACCGUGCUGUCACUCUUCUUCCGAGGGUUGAUCAAUUGUGGUAUAAGUACAUCCACAUGGAGGAAAUGCUCGGCAAUGUCGCCGGCGCGAGGCAGGUAUUUGAGAGGUGGAUGAAGUGGACGCCGGACCAGCAGGGAUGGCUGUCCUACAUAAAGUUUGAACUUAGAUACAGUGAAAUUGAGCGCGCCAGAGGGAUUUUCGAGCGGUUUGUGGACUGCCACCCUAGGGUUGGGGCUUGGAUACGCUAUGCAAAGUUUGAGAUGAAGAAUGGCGAGGUUGGGAAGGCUAGGAGCGUAUACGAGAGAGCCGUGGAUAAGCUCUCUGAUGAUGAGGAAGCAGAGCAGUUAUUUGUUGCUUUUGCUGAGUUUGAGGAAAGGUGUAAGGAGACUGAGCGUGCAAGAGCUAUCUAUAAGUUUGCUCUUGAUCAUAUUCCCAAGGGAAGGGCGGAAGAUUUGUAUAGAAAGUUUGUGGCAUUUGAGAAGCAGUAUGGAGAUAGGGAAGGGAUCGAGGAUGCCAUCGUUGGGAAGAGAAGGUUUCAGUAUGAGGAUGAAGUGAAGAAGAAUCCGUUGAAUUAUGAUUCCUGGUUUGAUUACAUAAGGUUGGAGGAAAGUGUUGGGGAUAAGGAAAGGAUCAGGGAGGUUUAUGAAAGAGCUAUAGCCAAUGUUCCCCCGGCCGAGGAGAAGCGCUACUGGCAGCGUUAUAUAUAUUUGUGGAUUAAUUAUGCACUCUAUGAAGAGCUCGAUGCUGGGGAUGCGGAGCGAACGAGGGAUGUAUAUAGGGAAUGCCUCAACCAGAUACCUCACCACAAGUUCUCGUUUGCAAAAAUAUGGCUUCUAGCAGCUCAGUUUGAAAUACGUCAGCUGAAUCUCAAAGCUGCUCGUCAAAUAUUAGGAAAUGCCAUUGGAAAGGCUCCUAAAGAUAAGAUUUUUAAAAAGUAUAUAGAGAUAGAACUGCAGCUUGGUAACAUAGACCGGUGCAGAAAACUGUAUGAAAAAUAUCUGGAGUGGUCUCCAGAAAAUUGUUAUGCUUGGAGCAAGUAUGCUGAGUUGGAGAGAUCGUUAUCUGAGACUGAACGAGCCCGAGGAAUUUUUGAGCUUGCAAUUGCCCAACCAGCAUUGGACAUGCCUGAGCUAUUGUGGAAGGUUAUGGUGGAUGUCAUGGGUGGUGGUUGUGAGGUGUGUGGGUUGCCAAGGUAUGGUGUAACUCAUGGCCAAGAAGAACCAAGGAGGAAAGUAGAAGAAAUGUACAAUGGAAAGAGUGAUGUGGGACUUCCAACACUUGGAAACUAUCAAGAACAUGACACGAGAACUAUAGAGAGGAAAUUUUCCUCUUGUGCCACUCGCUCUGAGCAGGCAUUCGUCGACUUUGAAACUGAUGAGGGUGAAUUUGAGAGAGCAAGAGCACUUUAUGAAAGGCUUCUUGACCGAACAAAGCACUUGAAAGUAUGGAUAAGCUAUGCGGAAUUUGAGGCAACAGCUAUGGAUACCGACAGUUUUGAACAUAAGUGGGAUAAUUUUCUGAAUCUCUUUAUAUUGUUUGUGCCUGCAACAGGGGUGUUUGAAAAAGCUCUCAACUACUUCAGGUCAUCAGCUCCAGAUUUGAAAGAAGAAAGGGCAAUGCUAUUGGAAAAAUGGCUCAACAUGGAGACUACAUUUGGACAGCUGGGUGAUGUUAGCUUAGUCCAGUCUAAGCUGCCCAAGAAGCUCAAGAAGAGAAGGCAUGUUGCCACUGAAGAUGGUUCUACUAGAAUUGAAGAAUUCAUCGACUUUUUGUUCCCUGAGGAAAGCCAGACAACUAAUCUCAAGAUCUUGGAAGCUGCUUACAAAUGGAAAAAGCAAAAAUUGUCUUCCGAUGAUUAA